AUGGCUCACAGUGACUUCCUCUAUCCAGAGAACCCAAGGAGGAGGCAGGAAGUAAACCGGCUUCACCAGCAGCUCCUUGACUGCUUAUCUGACAGCUUCCACGCCACCAAUAAGCUGAUAGGGGUUCUAAAUACACACUUGGGCUGCACACUGGCCUCCACCGAAAUGAAGAGAGAUGGGACUAUCAAAGAAAAUUGUGACAUCAUCAUCCAAGCCAUAAUGAAUAUCCAAAAUGAACUGCAAAAGGUUGAUGAAGCACUAAAAGAAAAACUAGAACCAACCUUGUAUAGAAAACUUCAGGAUAUUAAGGAAAGGGAAACAGAGAAGAUUGCAAUCGUACAAAAGGUUAUUUCAGUCAUUCUAGGAGAAGCUACAUCUGCAGCCAGUGCAGUGGCUGUUAAACUCGUGGGCUCAAAUGUCACAACUGGCAUAAUUAACAAGUUGGUCACUGUGUUAGCUCAAAUCGGUGCUUCUCUCCUCGGUAGUAUUGGAAUUGCUGUUCUUGGCCUUGGCAUAGAUAUGAUCUUCCGGGCCAUCCUGGGAGCAGUGGAGAAAACACAGCUUCAAGCAGCCAUCAAAAGUUAUGAGAAGCAUCUGGUGGAAUUCAAGUCAGCCUCAGAAAAAUAUCAUCAUGCCAUUACUGAGGUCACAGAUAUUGUCAAACACCAAAUGAAAUGA